UUUAUGCCUUUACGCUGUUUAUAGUGCAAACACGUGAACUUUAAAAAACGUGUAUUAACACAUUUAAUACAUAUAAUAAAUAUUAUUAUUAUUAUUUUGUUAAAGAAUUGGUAACAUAUUUAGAGGUGAAAAUAAGUGAUAGCAAAAAUUUGAAGAAAUUAAUAAAACACUAUACAACUUAAAAAAACAAAAAUUAAAAUGGAAGUAGAUCCUGUAAUUUCUGAUAAUGAAAUGGAAGGUGAAGAAGAGGAAGAAGAAGAAGAAGAAGACGAUGAAGAAGAUAGUUCUAAUGAAUCAAUGAAUGAAGAAGACAGUGAUGAUGAUGACAAUGAAGAAUGUAAAGAGGGUGAAGAAAAAAUUUAUCUACCAGGUCAACCAUUGAAAAAAGGCGAAGAUUUAGAUUAUGAUAAAAGUACAUACAGAAUGUUACAUCGUGCACAAACAGGAGCGCCUUGUCUUAGUUUUGAUGUUAUUCGAGAUAAUUUAGGAACAUCACGUGAAUCAUAUCCACUUUCAAUGUAUCUAUUAGCUGGAACACAAGCUGCAAAAGCUCAUGUUAAUAAUAUUCUAGUAAUGAAAAUAACAAAUUUAACUGGUAAAAAUGAAGAUGAAAUUAAUUCUGACGAUGAAUCAAAUGAUGAAUCGAGUGAUUCAGAAAAUGAAAGUGAAAAAAAUCCUAAAAUGAAAUUAGCAUUAAUAAAUCAUCAGGGAUGCGUUAAUAGAAUUAGAUGUACUCGAAUGAAUAAUACAACUUUAGCGGCAAGUUGGAGUGAAUUGGGACGUAUUAAUAUUUGGGAUUUAAAUGAACAAUUGAAAGCAUUGGACGAUCCUCAAUUAUUGGAAACUUAUAGAAAAAAAUCUGAAAAAUCAGAGAAUGCAGUGAAACCUCUUUUUACAUUUAAAGGACAUUUAACUGAAGGCUAUGGUUUAGAUUGGUGUCCAACUAAAGAUGGUUGUUUAGCAUCCGGUGAUUGUAAAGGUAAUAUUCACAUAUGGAAUUAUGGCGAAGGAAAUGAGUGGCACGUUGAUCAACGACCUUAUAAUUCACAUGCACCACAUAGUGUCGAAGAUUUACAAUGGUCUCCUAGUGAAAGAAAUGUCUUAGCCUCCUGUUCAGUGGACAAAAGUAUAAAAAUUUGGGAUACAAGAGCAAAUCCACAUUCUGCUUGUAUGAUAACAGCAGCAGAAGCUCAUACAGCUGAUAUAAAUGUUAUUUCUUGGAAUCGAAAAGAAUGUCGAUUUCUCGUGUCUGGUGGUGAUGAUGGAGUUGUUUCCGUAUGGGAUUUACGUCAAUUUAGCAGCGGUAAACCAACUCCUGUUGCAACAUUUAAACAUCAUACAGCGCCAAUUACAACAGUCGAAUGGCAUCCGGAGGAUGCAUCAGUUUUUGCCUCUGGUGGUGCUGACGAUCAAAUUGCACAAUGGGAUUUAUCAUUAGAAGUCGAUAAUGAACAAUCACAACAAAGUUCAGAAUUACUUCAUUUACCACCGCAACUUCUUUUUAUUCAUCAAGGACAAACUGACAUCAAAGAACUUCAUUGGCAUUCACAAUGUCCUGGAACACUCAUCUCAACAGCUCUAUCGGGUUUUAAUAUUUUUAGAACUAUUUCUGUGUAAUAAAUUAAAAUUUAUUUUUAAAAAAAUAAAAAAGAUUUUUAUAAAUUUA